CCUUCGCACGACGAGCCGGGUAAGAGGAUGGUGAAGGGGAUGCCCAAGUCAAGACCUAUCGAAGCGGCGGCCGAGGUGGUCUUCGACCCGUCGGUCUCUGGCACCCGGAAGCCCCGCCGCGCCGAUGCGCCGUCGUCGACCAGCGAGUACCACCACUUCAUGGGAUCGAGUCUUUCAAAUAUGUACCACAAGCCACCUCCGGAGAAAUCCGCUGACACGUCUGACGAGGAGCCUGAUGACAUUGAUAUUGACAAGUUGUUGAAAGAUGUCGAGCUUUUCGGUGCCUCUACAUGGAAGGACCGGAAGCAAAUACAGAAUCGCAAAGUAGUUGAACUGGGUGGAAAGGCCAUUAAGAAGCAGCGUACACCGUUAUCUGUAGCAAAGCCAGCUAUGAAGAAUCAGCAGAAAAGGGAACAAAAGAAAAUUGAAGAGGAAAGACUGCUUGGGAUAUUCAGGAAACGAGACAAGGGCAACAAGUUUGAGAAGACUAGACCAGAGGACAGAGUACUCAAGGCAACUGAAGGGCGGUUCAAGAACGGUAUUCUCGAUGUGAAGCACCUGAUGGGAGCACCGAAACCAUCUUCUUCGUUCAGGGAUGCGCCAGAGCGCGAGAUGAGAGGAAAGGGUAAGAAAGGUGGGAAAGGGAAAGGAAAGGGUAAAGGGAAGCAGAAGGGAGGCCGAAGAAACAGACGUUGAGGGAGCACCUUUGUAAUGCAUUUUGUUGCAAGAUACAUGUUGGAAGAAGAGAUGUUCAGCCAACACCCUGUAAUCCUUUUUGGAUAUGUUAAAUUCUACUAGUAU